GCUGGGGCCGGCACGGCCUCAGCGUGGGCCUGGGCGGUCCCGGCGCCAGGCUGUUCGGGUGGCUGAGAGAGCGCAGCCUGGGCCGCGGGCUGUUCGUGGACCCGGCGCGGGACAAUUUCCGCACCAUGACUAGCCUCUAUGGUUCCAUCCACCCCGCGGACUCGGUGUACCUCAGCACCCGCACCCACGGUGCCGUCUUCAACCUCGAGUACUCGCCCGACGGGUCAGUGCUGACAGUUGCUUGUGAACAAACAGAAGUUCUGCUUUUUGACCCUAUAUCUUCAAAGCACAUAAAAACACUUUCUGAAGCUCAUGAAGACUGUGUAAAUAAUAUAAGAUUCCUUGAUAACCGGCUGUUUGCUACCUGCUCUGAUGACACUACAAUAGCACUAUGGGAUCUGAGAAAAUUGAACACCAAAGUAUGCACUUUGCAUGGUCACACUAGCUGGGUGAAGAACAUCGAAUAUGAUACUAAUACAAGACUCUUAGUAACAUCAGGAUUUGAUGGAAAUGUCAUUAUUUGGGACACUAACAGGUGUACAGAAGAUGGGUGUCCGCACAAGAAAUUCUUUCACACGCGUUUUCUCAUGCGAAUGAGAUUAACACCAGAUUGUUCCAAAAUGUUGAUUUCAACCUCCUCUGGAUAUCUCUUAAUUUUGCAUGAUCUUGACUUAACUAAGUCUUUAGAAGUAGGCAGCUAUCCUAUUCUGAGAGCAAGAAGAACUACAUCAAGUUCAGAUUUGACUACUUCAUCAAGUUCAUCUGGUCCUAGAGUUUCUGGUUCACCUUGUCAUCAUAGUGAUUCUAAUUCAUCUUCUGAGAAACACAUGUCACGAGCCUCUCAAAGAGAAGGAGUUUCACCACGAAAUAGUCUUGAAGUCUUAACCCCUGAAGUUCCUGGUGAGAGAGACCGUGGAAACUGCAUCACAUCUUUACAGCUGCACCCAAAAGGCUGGGCCACUCUUCUUCGGUGCUCAAGCAACACUGAUGAUCAAGAGUGGACUUGUGUCUACGAAUUCCAAGAAGGAGCUCCAGUGCGACCUGUCUCGCCUCGCUGUUCUCUGAGGCUGACUCAUUACAUUGAAGAAGCCAAUGUAGGCAGGGGCUACAUCAAGGAACUUUGCUUCAGUCCCGAUGGGCGAAUGAUUUCUUCCCCACAUGGCUAUGGGAUCCGCUUGUUGGGAUUUGACAAACAGUGCAGUGAACUUGUUGACUGUCUGCCCAAAGAAGCCAGUCCCCUUCGGGUGAUCCGUUCUCUGUACUCUCAUAAUGACGUGGUACUGACAACAAAAUUCUCUCCAACACAUUGUCAGAUUGCUUCAGGGUGCCUUAGUGGACGGGUUUCUUUGUAUCAGCCAAAGUUUUAGGCACAACUUACAUCAAAUAAGGAACUCUUCUGGUGUUUAACUUAUAAAUUACUUCAAUUUAGGUGAAGUAUUUUCUUUUUACAAAAUCUUGUAAGAUUGGGUCAAGAUCCUGGUUUUUAUGGGUCCAUGAACACUCCUGUGACCUGAGUACUUGGUCAUCCAGCCUCAUAACGGGCAUCUCCAAGUUAGACUCUAUGCAGCAUCAUCUUUUUCAGCAUUCCUCUGCUCCUGCUGAUCUGUGCCACUGAACUCCAGUUCUUCUGGUUAUUUUGCAUGGUAGUUCUUGUCAAGUUUCCCUUCCUCCCUUCCUGCCUCUCUGUCUCUUUUUCCUUUUUUUUUUUUUUAAUUUUGGUGUGAAUUUCGUGGACACUUGGCAGGAGUUUGGGCUGAGGUAGGAGAAACCCGUGACACUAAAAUUGAAUAAAACAUAGAAGUUUAUUUCCAACUGAUUGUUGGAAAAGAAAUUUCAUCUUUACUUAUCAGUAUA